GUGCUGCUAUAUAUAUUCCGCAUAAGUAGCAGCUGAAGCCGUUUAGUGGAAUGGAGGCAAAGGAACAGCAGACAGAGAUGGUAGUCCCGGCUGCAGCCGCCAGCUCCAAUUCCACCACCCCCACAAUCAAGGUCGCGGCGCUGUGCGGCUCCCUCCGCAAAGCUUCCUUUAACCGCGGCCUCAUCCGCUGUGCCACCGAGCUCUGCGACGAAUUCAUCCCCGGGAUGCGGGUGGAGUACAUCGACACCGAGCACCUUCCCUUCGUCAAUACCGAUCUCGAGGCCGGCGGCACGCACCCUCCGGUCGUGGAGGCCUUCCGCCGGAAGAUCCGCGACGCCGACUGCGUCCUCUUUGCCACGCCCGAGUACAAUUACUCCGUCCCUGCUCCUCUGAAAAAUGCCAUCGACUGGGCCUCAAGGCCGCCGAAUGUUUGGGCUGACAAGGCUGCAGCCAUCAUGAGUGCAGCAGGAGGUUCUGGAGGGAGCCGAGCACAACAGCAUUUGCGUCAGAUUGGUGUCUUCCUAGACCUGCAUUUCAUCAAUAAGCCAGAAAUAUACAUUAUUGCAAAGCAUCCACAGAAAAAGUUUGAUAUUGAAGGGAAUUUGAUCGAUCCCGACAUCAAAGAACGGCUGAAGCUGCUGCUGUUAUCAUUGCAGGCUUUCACCCUUAGACUCCGUAGCACUUAGCUCGUCUCUUCUAUUUACAUGCAUCUAUAGGGUGAAUUGUGUUUGCUAAAUGAUGCGUAUAAUAAAGAUUAAUCAUUAAAUGCGGAGUUUUCUUGUUGACGUUGCAGCAAAAUCAAAUAAAGCAGAUGAAUAAAGUUCCUUAUCAAGCCAAUUUGAUCUUA